AUGCCCAUACCGCUUGGAAGUGACAGUUGGUUCGGUAUCGACCAGCUUGGUUCCGGCCAGCUCGAUUCCAGCCAGCUCGACCCCGACGAGCGCGAGUUUGCCGUAGCAACUCUUGCCGCAAUCAACUGGGAGAGCCUCCUUACAAUUGCUUCAAAUCUCCGUACCGCAUCUUGCACGUUCACCGAGUCCUUUACGAUGGGACAAUCCAACAUGGUUCGCCGAAUCCAAUUCAGCGACGGAAUCAGCUGGGUCGCACGAGUUCGAAUUACACAGCCCAAUAAAUAUAUUCCAACCGGCCGGGAAUUGCUCAGCUUUGCCGACGUUGUCGGAAUCGAAGUUGCAAGCAUGAGAUUUCUCAAGGCCAAAACUUCUAUUCCAGUUCCGGAAGUGCAUUACUAUAAUACUGACCCCGAAAACGAGGUCGGAGCUCCGUACAUUCUAAUGGACUACAUUCACGGCACGACCGCUGACAAACUCAGCCACGCGAAAUGCGAUCCCGAUAUGUAUGGAACACCAGAUCAAGACCGACGUUUCAGAGAGCAAAUGGCCGAGAUUCAGGUCACAAUUUCUACCUUCAAGUUCGACAAGAUAGGAAGUCUGCACUAUGAUGAAACCACAUCGGAAUUCUUCAUCGGUCCCGAGUUAGAGACCGGCAAGGGCCCCUGGAACUCGCCAAUGGAGUACUACAACGAUCUCGCAGACCAUGUGCUUCAAGUCUGUGAAAAAAAUGCAUCGUCUAAGCUCCGGGAGAGUCCUUCAUUCGAAAACCCCAAUCUCUUUAAGCACCUCAUGUCACUAUACAGCAGUUCCAACAAGGGGCCGUUCAGUCUCGUGGAUCGCGACUUUGGGGCCAACAACCUGCUUGUUGAUGACGAAUUUCGAAUUAUCGGUGUCAUCGACUUUGACGGCGUUAUGGCUGCGCCAAUCGAGGUUAUUGCCCAGUUCCCUUCCCUGACUGGACUCGACAGACAGAUACCUCGCCAUAUUGAGACCUCGUCCAUUUCGAAAGAGUGCAUCAAGCCAAAGCUCGAAGAGUACAAAGAGAUGAUACACUCUGCCGAGUCUAAAUUGGGAAGUGGUGUUAUUGCAGACCUCUUGCUUUCGGAUGCGACAUAUGUGUACUAUGGCCUUAACGCAUACAAAUGCCACCAAGCGUGUGUCAAUGACAGUUUUAUGGUGGCCUAUCAGAACCUCCUUCGCGAUCAUGAGAAGUAG